AUGUCUUCCGACUCUUCCUCUAAUUCCGAGGUCGCCAUUCUUCCCAAACACCGUAGGGAGGAAACUUCUACUAACAUCUCGAGCUCGGGAUCUACAGAACAUUCUUCGAACGCUUCCUUGGUUCGCAAGAAUUCCCGUGUCGUCGAGGUCGGCUCUGGUAGCCGAGUUCCAAUUCGGGCUCCAGAACGGAUGGAUCGAGAUCUCCGCGAGCCCGAAGGCCAAGUUCCUACCGACCUGGUCCAGGGGCGGGAACCUGAUGUGAAGACAGAUGAGGACGCUCUAUUGCACGAGGUCGGGGAAGGAGGAGCGCAGGAUCCAGACGACGAUGAUAUGAUGUUGAUCGUGGAUCGGCCAUGUGUAUGUGCCCCGGUGAAGUCUACCUUGUCAUCUCCGGAAACGGUUCGGGCUGCUAUGUUGAUCGGCGGAGCCCUUCCUGGAAUCAUUAUUCAAGUUCCUGAACCGGAAGAGCGCCCUUGGGAUGCACCCGAGGGUUUUAUCUGUGUCUACGAGGCCUAUUUCCGCGAGGCCGGAUUGACUUUCCCCUUGCCCCGCUUGUUGUUCGCCUACUGCAAUCGUCGCGGCUGCGCGAUAUUGCAACUUCAGCCGGCAUCGAUCGUAAACUUUGUUGGGAUUCUCCAGCUCGGGUGUGACGUCCGGGCUCACAUCAACGUGGCCCAAUUCGAGGAGCUCUUUAUUAUGAAGGUCUCGUCGGCCAAAAGCUGGUUUCUGUCAGUGAAUUGCAACCCGAAGUUCGACCUGGUCACAGGGAACAAGGCUAGCAAAUUCCCGAACUGGGAUCAGAGUUACUUCUUUGUUCGCGUUGACUCGUUAUCUGCUGAGAAUCCGGAGAGCACGUUCCGGACUGGCUGGAGUGUCGAUUUCGAUCGUCACGUUCCAGGAUUCAUUCAACGCUCCCUCACGUCCGACCUUGCAAAGCAAUUAAGUCUCGCCGGACAGCGCCGUUGGCCCCUUGCCUAUCGGGAGAAGAUCGACCGCCGGAUAAAGAGAGCUCAGGAUAGAGCCAAAACUAAGGCGGAACCCAGCUCGUCGAGGCCGGUACCGAAGAAGAAGAAAACGAGGAAAAUCAGCAAGUCAAGUCAGAGAAGGAUGGCAUUCGACAGAUCUGACAUUCCUAUGAUGGACUUUGGGGCUGACGAGAAAGAAGAUAAUGCCCUGAUCGAUAUUUUCGGUCUCGACGGGAAUGAGGCCGGUGAUGGCGUUGAAGCCGCUAUCGGGGACGAAGUCGACAAUGUCCCGGUCAGCCCGGUUGACCCUCUGAUCCCGGUUGCGGUACCGGAGGGCGACGUGGCGGGAACUAGUGUUCCUGAGGCGACUCCUGAGCCUCAAAUGGAGAAAUUGGUGAGCAGGAUGAGGAAGAAGGGCAAGUCCUCGAAGAAAUCGUCUCGGAAGAGGGGUGGUGAUCCCGAGACUGCUGCGAGCGAGGGGACUCUCUACAACAAAGACCGGUCCUUUUUUGAUGACUCGACUGCCUGCGCUGAGGUCUUCAGGCAGAUCGUGCUGGCCUCGUCUCCGAUGCCUGAGACGAAGGAUCUCUUCCGCCCCAAGUCUUAUGCUCGGGUCGCGAAAUCUGCCUCUGCUCUCGUCUGUGAUACCAACGAGCUUGUUCGCGAGUACGACUCCGAGGUCGAGAGGCUGAGAAAAAUUAACGCCGAGGUUGCGGCUGAGAGGGCGUUUUUGGAAGCGUCGUACCGGGACGAAAAAGAAAGGUACGAGGCUGCUGUCCUAGCCUUCACCGAAAAGGAUAAGGAGAACGCUGCCUUGAAGGAGCAGGCUAAGCUUCGGAAGGCGCCGUUCCUCAAGCUCAAUCAGGCGACAGCUCUGGUCAGCUUCUGCGACUUCCUUAGGAGGGAGCAUAACAUGAUCGUCCCGUCUCACAUCGUGGAGACGUAUGCGCGUAGGGUCAAGAACUGCACGAAGGAGGUCGAUGCCGUCCCUCUUCCGUGGUUUGAGAACGAAGACUUCCUCCUCCCGAGUGACGACGAUCUUAUCCCUAGGAUUGUGCUUCCGCCGGGGACGCAGGUUCCGGAGGGCUUGGAUCAGUUUGGCUCGAACUCCAGGUCCAUCUCGGCUGAUCAGGCAGCGAGUCUGAAGAGUCCGGCGUCCGUCGCUCGCCAAUGA